AGAUUCCAUCGACCAGCUUCGCAGGAUCAGCUGAGUCUGAACCCGAAGGAAUGGAAAUGGGAAGCGGUGGUGGAGCACAUUUCAUCCCACAGAACAUCCCAUCGUCAGCCAAUGUAGAAGACGUGCUUGUGCUGGACCAGCUGCCACUGGGACCUCUGGCGCCUUAUCAGACAGUGAGCCAGUACGGGUUCCUAUACACCUUGGUACCAUACAAUGCUGAGCACAAGGACCAAAAGAGAGUGCAGCACAGGGGGACACAGACAGCCAUUCCAACCUGAACACUGGCCUUGCCUUCCAGGUACUCAGACCCGCUACCUGAUGCCUAGUAGGACAAGCCAGACGACCCUGAGCCUUCCACCCUCUAGCACACUCACUCUUACAUGGCCUCAGUCGGUCUUGGGGUGUGAUGAAACUAGCACAGCUGAAAGUGUGGAGCCGGGUGUCUUGGAAGAUCAUCUGCAGCAUCAGGAUACUCUGGCACCUGAUGAUGCGUUUGUUGCAGGUAUCCGCUCUUCUACCCCAGCACGAGACCUCGAUGUAACAGCUGAGUCGACAUGCCCGCCCGACCCUCAGGAUCUGACCUUCAACCUUUCUGAACUAACUGGGAGCUCAGACACUGAGGAUGAGGAGUACGAGAAGCACUCGCAAGCGCAGCACUCAAAAUCUCGUGCAUGUGAAAUAUUAAAUCCAGAAGAAUGCUUUUAUCUGGUAGCGGAAUCUAGACUUCAAGAACUCUUGUCGAGGUGUCCAUCUUGCGCCAACAGCUGUGCUCAGAUCACGAAAACAACAAGAGGCACAUGGCUGAAAGCAACAUCUGCUUGCUGUUGCGGCAUCCAGAGCACGUGGACAAGCCAGCCAUGGGUAGAAAACAGGCCACUGGGAAACAUCCUCCUGUGCUCAGCCAUUCUCUUUUCGGGCGUGAAUGUUGCAACGGCGUUUCGCAUGUUUGCCAUCAUGAAGGUGGCCACCCUGACGAAGUCCCAGUAUUUCAGGACACAAAAGCAGCACCUCUUUCCUGCUGUGAAUGAUGUUUACAUGAGCAAGCAGGCAGAGCUCCUGGAUCAGCUUCGUCCGGUGCCCCUGACCCUUGCUGGGGAUGGUAGAUGUGACUCACCAGGUCAUACUGCACUCUAUGGCACUUACACGCUUCUAGAGACUGCUGCCAAUCGCAUCAUCCACUUUGAGUUGGUCAAGGUAUCCUACUAA